AUUGGUCUACAAUUCAAAGUGGUGGCAACCAACAUGCAUCGUGGGGGCACAGUUGUGUCCUUUGUCUCUGUAGUAUAUGUGUGGCUAACUAAACAACAGGAGCAAACACAAAUUACAAUUGGACAAAACAGGAAAGUAAAGGUUAAUGGGAAUGCAGUGAAUUCAUCUACUUAUCAAAUCAGUAACCUUGCAGAAAUAUAUCAGGAGCAGAAUUUUAUAGUUGUGAAUGCAUCGCAUGAGCUCAUGGUCUACUUUGAUGGUCAGUUCACACUAUUGGUGAGAUUGGGCCCAAGCUUCCAUGGGUCUGUGUGUGGGAUGUGUGGUAACAAUAAUGGAGAUCCUACAGAUGACAAGACCCGACCGAAUGGAGAACUUGCACAGAAUGAUAUUGCUUUUGGCAACAGCUGGAAAUCAAACACCAGUGGCCCAGGAUGUGGUGCUAGUGACCAGCCUGUUAAUGCUAAUGAGUAGUCUGCACUCUGUAACAUCAUCACCAACACCAGUGGACCAUUCCAACAUUGCCAUUUCCGUAUCAGCCCUGAAUCUUACUUCAGUUCCUGUGUAUAUGACUUAUGUGCUUACCCAGAGUCAUUGGGACAAGACUUGCUGUGUUCAGCUGUGGAGGCUUAUGAUGCUGCUUGCACUAUGCUGGAGCUCAUGAUCCAGAACUGGCGCUCUGAUCUGU